AUGUCUAAUUUCAAAAAUAAUGACAAACAACAGCAAAGCAAAAUUACUUCAUUUGGUUUCACAACACAAGUAUCUAAACAAAAAGAAGCAUUACAUAAUGAAAGUGAAAGCUUAUUCAGCAAAGAUUUUGAUUUUGAUGAUACUGAUGAUAAUAUUACUAUUAGUGAAGUUUCUGAUAUCUCAUGGCAUAUAUCACAUAAUGUACCUGUUUUUCAUUAUUUGGGUAUUAUUAAACUUCAAAGUGCUUCAUCAAAUGCAAUUCUUGAAGACUUAGACCAAUUUAUUAUUGCUAAACAUUUACCACUUGAAAAACUUUACCAUGUUGGAAGUGAUAGUGUGAGUGUAAACUUAGUAAUUAGUACAUUAUUGGAAGACUCAUAUAAAGGCCAAAAAACUGUACAAUGGCUUUAUGAAAGUAUUGAUCAAGAUUUUUUAAUUGCAACUCAUUUUCUGGCUAAUAUACUUUUACAACUUUGUCACCUUUCUUUAGUUUUUCAAGCUAAUUAUGUUUUAGUUUUAGAAGUAACUAUGCAAGUAGAUGCAAUUAUUGAGUCUAUAACAACUGAUUUUAUUGGUACAACAAAUAUUCAACCUACAUUUGGAACUAUACUAUUACGAUUUAUUAACCAAAAUAGCAUUUCACCUAAUAACCUUCCAUUAUUUGUGUGA